AGGCACACGUGCUGCCGACUCGGCGCGGCCAAGUCCGGUCUUCUUUCGCGUCACUCCGUUGCAAACCGACUACCGGCCAAUGGUUUUCUUUCUCUCCAUUCAAAUCUUUCACCGUAUUCUUAGAACACUAGUCAAUAGAAAUAAUUAACGCGUUAUAAAUAUCAUUCCACUGUAUCGUUAUGAAGUAGUCAAUAUCGAAUGCUGCCGUCCGUUCACAUUAAAAUCGUAACCAGCGUUUUAUUAUGAAAUAUGAAACAUAUCUGCAGCUGACGACUGCUUAAUAAUCAAAUGAAUUGUGUGCUUAACAAGGAAUCGCAUGGGACCAACGUACAGGAGAAAUGUCCGUUGUAGCUGUUGAAGACCGACCGUUCAUAUUCCGUGUCAAUGAAAAUGGUACCGGACCGCCUCUGCUCAUUCAGGUUUGUCAAGAACGAGGCUGGAAGGAAUAUAGUUGCAGUAAUGCAAAAAACAACGGUGAUUGUGAUACGCUGUGGUCAGUGCCAUCAGAUGAAUAUUGGAAUCUUUGGUGGAAAUCUACAGGAUUUUCAUUGACACACUACAAACAGCAAAAAAUAUGGCAGUUUAACAAUCAUAUACCCAGUGGAUCAACAUUGUGUCGAAAAGACAAUUUAUGGAGAUACUUGAAAUGUAUGAAAAAUGUAUUUGGAUCUUCCUUGUUUGGUUUCAGUCCCGAUUCAUACAACCUGCCACUUGACUAUACUAAAUUAGCGGCCGAAUGUAGUCAUGAUUCAGAUAUCGGCGAAAAAUCUAUUUGGAUUUGCAAACCGGUUGGACAAAGUCAAGGCAAGGGUAUCUCUUUAAUAUCGCAAAUCGGUGAUCUCGUGUAUGAUACCAACACAGUCGUUCAACGUUACAUCAAAAACCCAUUAUUAAUUGGCGGCUACAAAUUUGAUCUUAGACUGUACGUCUUAGUCCCAUCUUUUCAUCCACUGACAAUUUAUUUAUACAGAGAGGGAUUGACUCGUUUUAGUACGGAUAAGUAUUCGCUGAACAAUCUCGAUAAUCAAUUCGCUCAUCUCACAAACAGUUCAAUCAAUAAGUUUGGACCUAACUAUUCAGAAACUAAAGAAAAAGUUGGACUAGGAUGCAAAUGGACCUUUCAACAGCUUCGAAAUUACAUCCAUCAAGCCGGUGUUAAUGAUUGGUUACUUUGGCAAAAAAUAUCCGUUCUCGUCAGUUUAACAUUAGCUAGUCAAUGCACAAGCAUACCAAAGACAUCUAAUUGUUUCGAGUUGUAUGGUUUUGAUAUACUGGUUGACUCAGAUCUGAAACCAUGGUUACUAGAGGUUAAUUUGAGCCCAGCGUUAGGAAAUGACUGUGACGUGGACAAUCAAGUUAAAAGACCUUUAUUACACGAAAUGUUUGAUUUGCUAGGCUUACCCAUGUGCAACACUGGACUGUCGUUAUUCCGGGCGACUUCAAAAACUGGACCACGGUAUGGUGUCGGUUGUGGUAGACCUUCUACCCUUGCAAUAGCUGCUACAGAAAAAUGGAAAUCUAAACGUCAAGAUAAACACAAGCAGGCGAAUGAAAAAAUUACUACAGUCACUUCUCAAAAGACAAUAACAUCUCCAUUAACGACCAGACAAUCUUUGUUGUACGGUCCAAAUAGACGUGGUAGUGCCAUGGUCCAAGCUUCUGAUACGUGUAACUCUCCAACAGUGUCUUCGGUAUGGGGCAACGGUCGUGAUUGGUGUAAGUCCAUGGAAUCAGAAGGGAAUUGGGUUAGAGUAUAUCCGUUUUCAACUGCAACACAAGAAAUCAAAACUUUUUCUAACGAAAUCACAGAAAACACAGCUCGUAAAAUGAUUAGAAAUAUUCAAGAAUACCUUAAGUGUUGUAGAAAAGUAGCCAAAUCCUUUGAAGGACUGAAUGGAAUAUCAGACGAUGAACAAAAUGACAAACUUAGAGACCUUUUCCCUAAUAUAACAAAAAUUUGGCUACCACCUGUUAAGAAUAACUCAUGUAUAUAAAGAUUAAUAUUUUUUAACGUACCUUAAAAGUUCUUUAAAGAGAAUACUAUAUUUUGUUGUAUAAUUUUAAGAUCAUUUUGCUUGCAAUAAAAAUGUUCUCUUACACAUGUUAAAAAAAAUACUAAAAAUGUACUGUUAUAUUUUUGUUAUUAUUGAAAAAGAAACCAUAAAAUUAAAAUUAAAAGUUAUUAUUUUAUUUUGUU